AUGACGUCACCUUCCUCGUCCGACCCGACCCUCUACGCCGCCUCGCCGCACGCCCGCAUCGACGGAAAAGAGGCGCGCCGCCGUCUCCGCCGCGCCCACCGAGCGGGACACUACACCGACCCGACCUACACCACCCUCCUCAUCCUCGCCUGCGCUCUCGUAUACUGGUUCUUGCCCCUCGACCUCCUCCUCCACCCCUUUUCCUCCUCCUCCUCCUCCCCUUCGUUGAAGCAGACGACAAGGAUGCCCUGGCAAAAGACCAUCACGCUUUCAUCCCGCACCAAGGGCUGUCACCUCGUCACCAACGAGGUUUUGCCCCAGAUCGAAGAGGGCAUCAAGGGCGUCAAGAUCGGCAUGCUCACCCUCUUCAUCCAGCACACCAGCGCCGCCCUUACGACUCAGGAGAAUUUCGACUCCGACGUCAGAAAGGAUCUUGAUAUGGCCCUCGACCACAUCGUCCCCGAAUCGCUGCCUUGGAGGCACACCGACGAGGGACCGGACGACUCGGCCUCGCACACCAAGACGAGCCUAAUCGGGCCGUCGAUUAGCAUCCCUAUAACAGACGGCCGUCUCAACACGGGCACCUGGCAGGGCAUCUACCUGUGCGAGUUCAGGCGGAUGGCGCACAAGAGGAAGAUUGUGGCUACGGUACUGCCCUGA